CUCUGGAUUUGUUUUCUUACAGCCAGCUGAGCUGUGCUGUCUUCUCAUUCUGUCUCCUGUGAGAACUCACUUUUCUCACUAGAACAUUUCUUGGCACUCAUUCUUUAUCUAUAUGAGAAGAAAAUACAAGAGCAUAUUUAAGUUCAGGGUGUUUCAAGAGUGCAAACAGGACUCUUUGGUGGGAAGUACAAAUGCUCAGGAUGAAUUAGAUCUCAUACAGAACAAAACGUUGUAUAAAGGUCAACUGGUACUGGGAACCUCAAGUACAGGACGCAAGUAACUUCUCGGCAUGUUGACAUGUCCCAUUCUCUUCUAGAUUGCAACAAUGAAGUUCUCCAAUCUUUAUUUCUGUAUCUCUAUUCAGGCUGUCCUGCUCCUUAUACUUCUUUUCAUUUUGCCCAGACCCAUAUGGGAGCACCUGUACCCCAAAAGUGAAACCUCAACGACGGAAGGCAUUUCGCCUUUAUUACUGGUGGACUAUGAAUUUGAAGAUUAUGAAAUAAAGGCACCUAUGAAAAGUGUCAAUGAAACAAAUUCAUUUCAGAAAACAAAAUCAAGAUUUUCCACUCUUACUAUAGCCAAUAGUAAUACAUCAACAAAAGUCAUAUCAGCAGUUCUGACAAAGACUGUUCACCCAUCAUUUACACAUGGCAGAAAAACAACAUCUGUCAUGAAGAAGAAUUUCCCAACUACAGAGAAGAACAUCUUAACAAGUAAAGAGCUGCCACUUCAAACUAAGCCUGCAAGGUCCACCAGCCCAUGGAAAGUACAGUCAGUGACUCUUGUCAAGCGAACUACUGCCAUGCUACUUAAGGCAAAAAGUUUUACAUCUGAGCCAGAGUGGGAUAUCGAGGAAGAUUAUACUCUAGCUGCAUCGGCCUCCGAGACUAGUUGCCCUAUAUCUGUAAAAAUCAAGGCUCAAAAUUCAUCUUGGCUAAAAGAGAAAUUUCUUCCCAAAAUCACCAUAUUUAUGGAUAAUCAUCACAUCAAUAAUCGUGAAUGGGUCAGACUCCAACACUUUAUUCCUCCGUAUGGCUGGAUGGAAUUAAACUACACAGUGCUUCAUGAGGUGAUUUCUGCUCUUCCACGGAUCCCAGACCAGCAACUUCUUCUUGCUGAGAAGAAUGAAGACAAGUUUCCACGCUGCGUUAGCUGUGCUGUGGUUGGGAAUGGAGGUAUUCUCAAUGCCUCAGGUCUAGGCAGGGAGAUUGAUGAACAUGAUUACGUAUUCCGUGUCAAUGGAGCAGUAAUCAGGGGAUAUGAAGAGGAUGUGGGAGUUCGGACCUCAUUUUAUGGAUUCACUGCUUUCACCAUGUUAUCCUCCCUGCACUUGUUACAUGAAAAAGGGUUCCCAAAAAUUCCACAGGACAAGGAGACAAAGUACAUCCUUUUCACCGAGGGCCGGAGAGACUACGAGUGGUUAAAGGCUUUACAGCAGAACAAAAACAUCAGCAAAGGCACUCUGGAGACUUACAGGCUUCACCCACGGGAUGACUUUGGGAACAAUUUUGACUUUAAAAGGCUAUUGGUUGCAUACCCAGAUUUUGUGCGAUAUCUGAAGAACAGGUUCCUGAGGUCACUCAAUCUAAAUGGAAAACACUGGAGCAUAUAUAGGCCAACUACUGGUGCCCUGGUGCUGCUGACAGCCCUACAUCUGUGUGAUACGGUCAGUGCCUACGGCUUCAUAACUCACGAUUAUAAAAGUUAUUCUGAUCAUUACUACGACAAGGAAAAAACUGAAGUCAUCUUGUACAUAAAUCAUGAUUUUCUUAUGGAGAAAGAUUUGUGGGCACAGUUGCACCGUGAAAAUAUCAUCAAACUCUACCAACGGACAUAGGCCAGUUCUAGUUUUUUUGUAUGGGGACUUCAAUGGAUAGAUCUCCUGUGGUCCAGGGUUUGUUUCAAGUUCAUAUUGCUUUUUGGAUGUCCUUUGUCUGCACUGAUUUCUUCAACAAUCCAAGACGUACAAAAAACCUAAAGGACACGUCUAUCAAAGACAUAUUUAAUUUUAUUUAAUAGAUAUUCAAAAUGAGAUAUUACAUUUUUUAGUAAAAUUAAUAUUUUUUGUGAUUAAUUGUUUCUCCCUGUGUUUUCAAUGAGAAAAGUUGUGGUUUUGUUUUUGAAACAGAAUAAAAAAUUUGUUGCACAAAUUAGAA